UAAAAAACAUUUAUUUAUUUAAUUUUAUAAAAAGACUUAAACAUCUUUCCUUUGUUUGAUUAGACAAAAAUAUCCUUUUAAAUUAAUCAAAUUUUAAAAUUAAAAAAUUAAACAAAACAAAAAUAUAUCUAAAAAAAAUUGUUUUUGAAAUCUAGGUUUUAGAAAUCCUUUUCAUCUUGUCAAGUUCUUCUAAUAAAAAAUUGUUUCUGGAUUUCAAAAAUCUUCUUCAUCUUCUCAAGUUCUUCCCUCCCCUUCGUAUCUCUCUCUCUCCCCCUGGAGCUCGCUCUCUCUCAUCUCUCUCACCGUGGCGUCGCCGUUGCUCUCUGUCUCGUCAUCGUCUUGCACAUAGUCGCGCGCGCCUUCGUUGCGCUCUUCGUCGCCGGCGGCAGAAGCAGCAGGUUCAGGGGCUCGUCGUCUUCUUGCUUCGAGUGUCGCCGUCAGCCUCCUUCGCGAUGAUUGCUACGAAGAAAGAAGAUAUGGAACAAAAAAUUGGUAGCUAAAGAUUCCAACGAGAACUUUGUUCGCCAAGGUAUAUGGAUUUCGACUUAUAUUUUAUCUAAUAGCAUGCUUGGAUUAGUAACUCUUAUACAUUGUCCCUCUUUCUGGCGAAACCUCUCAUAAUGCCAAAAACAGAACUUCGGCUUCAGAUGAUACUAGUAUUAUGGGUGUUAAGGUAGAAAAAUCAGCAGAGUUUUCGUAUGAGGAACUAGCCAAUGCCACAAAUAACUUCAAUUUGGCUAAAAAGAUUGGUCAAGGUGGUUUUGGUGAAGUCUAUUAUGGAGAGCUCAAUGGCGAGAUAUGUAUAUGGAAGUGUUUCUCCCAAAAUAGAUGUAUAUGCUUUCAGAGUUGUUCUAUAUGAGCUUAUUUCUGGAAAAGAAGCUUUGAUGAGGAGUGGUGGUGCAUCUGGUGCUGAAUUGAAGGGCCUUGUGGCUUUGGUGAUUAUUAAUGACUUUGCUAUGGAGUUGCUUCAGAUCGAGAAGCAGCUCAAGGACGAAGCUCGCAGAGAAGCCCUUAGAGUUGCCAAUGAGGAGCGCAAGAAGCUCAAGGCUGAAGCUGCGCAAAUCAUGGCUCAGGAGCGCAAGAUCGCACAACAAGAAUUCAGAGAAACACUCUUAAAAGAAGGAGCUGAGAAACUUGAAAAUUGGAGGAUGAAGGUCAAAAAUCAUGGUGAGAAGAUGGCAGAAAAGAAAGAGUUAUUGCGUCAACAAAGCUCAAAGUGGAUCGAUGAAGCUAAUCUUGAGGCACAAAUAUUGGAAUCCAUCGUUUCCUUUCGCUGAGUCCCUUAUACUUCCACAUUUGUUAUGGUUGGGAUCAAUGUUGUGUUAUAUGUUACAUAGAAGUUAUAUUUUUGUCCUAUGUUCAAUCAAG